AUGGCCGAAUUGAAGAUGAUGAGGGAGUGCCUUUCCAUUCACAUCGGCCAAGCGGGCGUGCAGCUGGGCGAGGCUUGCUGGGAGCUGUACUGCCUGGAGCAUGGGAUCGGGCCUGAUGGCGCGCUCGUCGACAGCAGCAGGGACGCCCUGAGUGCCUCGGUGGGGACCUUCUUCGGUGAGACGAGAGCUGGCAAGCAAGUGCCCAGAGCACUCCUGGUGGACCUGGAGCCCACGGUUGUCGAUGGGAUCCGGACUGGCAAGCUCCGCUCCCUCUUCCAUCCCGAGCAGCUCCUCAGCGGGAAGGAGGACGCCUCCAACAACUAUGCCCGCGGUCACUACUCAGUGGGGUCAGAGGCCAUCGACCCGACGCUGGAGAGGAUCCGGAAGCUGGCCGAGCAGUGUGGCGGGCUGCAGGGCUUCCUGGCCUUCCGGAGCUUUGGCGGCGGCACCGGCUCCGGUUUCACGUCUCUGCUCAUGGAGCGGCUCUCAGCCGAGUACGGCAGAAAGACGAAGUUGGAGCUCUCGGUCUACCCGGCACCAAGGAUCUCCACGGCAGUGGUAGAGCCAUACAACGCCGUCCUCACCACCCACGCCACCCUCGAGUUCUCGGACUGCACCUUCAUGGUGGACAACGAGGCCCUGUAUGACAUCUGCCAUCGGCGGCUGGGUGUGGCUCGCCCGACCUAUGCCAGCAUCAACAGGCUGGUGGGACAGGCCGUGGCGGCCAUCACCGCACCCCUCAGGUUCGAGGGACCCCUGAACGUGGACUUCAUCGAGUUCCAGACGAACCUGGUCCCGUUCCCUCGGAUCCACUUCCCCCUGACCGCCCUGGCGCCCCUCGUCUCUGCCGACAAAGCCAGGUACGAGGAGCUGUCGGUGGCCGAUAUCACAACUGCCUGCUUUGAGGGCCCCCACCAGCUGGUCCAGUGUGACCCCCGGCUCGGGAAGCAUAUGGCCUGCUGCCUGCUCUACAGGGGGGACGUGGCCCCCAAGCAGGUGAACGCGGCCAUCGCUGACGUGAAGUCGAGAUGCUCUGUCCAGUUCGUCGACUGGUGUCCCACUGGUUUCAAGGUGGGCAUCAGCUCCCCAGCGCCUGCCGUGGUGCCCGGUGGGGAGCUGGCCCCAGUGCCACGGGCCGUGUGCACACUGAGCAACUCCACGGCCGUGCUGGAGGCCUGGGCCCGCCUCAACCACAAGUUCGAUCUCAUGUUUGCCAAGAGAGCGUUUGUGCACUGGUACCUGCGGGAGGGCAUGGAGGAGGCAGAGUUCUGGGAGGCCAGGCAUGACCUGGCCGCUCUGCAGAGGGACUAUGAGGAGGUGGGUCAGGACACCAUCCAGGGCGAGGGCAGAGCUCCAGGAGGAGAGAAGGGGCACUCGACCCAUCUGCCCCAAUCGCUGGGCUUCUCCCGUGCUCCUGGCCCUGUCCGCUGUCCCGCCAACUCCCACGCCGAGGACUGA